AUGUCGAAAAUCGCAUCGCGCACCAAUACCAUGGGCCUGAGUGGCCGGCGGCUACGCUGGGCCAUCACCGCGACCUCUGUGAUCGGAUUCAGCCUCUUUGGAUACGACCAAGGGCUCAUGUCGGGUAUCAUCACGGGUGUCAAAUUCAACGAAGAAUUCCCUGCGACUGCGGGCACCUCUCACCGUGCUACCGUGAUACAAGGUGCAGUCACCAGCUGCUACGAGCUUGGAUGCUUUUUCGGCGCUGUUUUCACUCUGCUUCGAGGAGAGAGGAUCGGUCGACGACCUCUGAUGCUCGUAGGUGCUGUCCUGAUGAUCAUCGGAACGGUCAUCUCGGUGACGCCAUUCAAGGGUCACUGGGCGCUCGGCCAAUUCGUCGUCGGACGUGUCAUCUCAGGACUCGGAAACGGAAUGAACACGGCUACCAUCCCAGUAUGGCAAUCCGAGAUGUCCAAGGCCAAGAAUCGAGGCCUUCUGGUUAACUUGGAAGGCGCGGUGAUUGCAUGCGGAACGUUCGUGGCGUACUGGCUCGAUUUCGGGCUGUCGUACGUGCCCAGCAGCGUGCAGUGGCGCUUCCCGAUCGCAUUCCAGAUCGUCUUUGCGGCUAUGCUCUUCGUGGGCGCAUUCAACCUCCCCGAGUCCCCCCGAUGGCUCAUCGCCCGUGGCAGGGACGACGAAGCAAAGCAAGUCCUCUUCGCCCUCGAGGGUGAGACCGCCAACAAGGAGGAGAUCGAGCUCGAGGCACGCAUCAUUCGCGACGCCAUCGAAAAGACCGGCAAACAGGGCGGACUGGCCGAUCUUUUCACCAACGGCAAAACCCAGCACUUCCGACGCAUGCUCAUCGGUUCUUCGACCCAAUUCUUCCAGCAAUUCACCGGUUGCAACGCAAGCAUAUAUUAUAGUACGGUGCUUUUUGAAACGUCGUUGCGACAAUCGAGGCGGCUUUCCUUGGUCAUGGGCGGAGUUUUUGCGACGGUAUACGUCAUCUUUACGCUCCCGUCGUUCUUCCUCGUGGAGAGGGUGGGCCGUCGCAAUCUGUUCAUGAUCGGAGCUUUCGGACAGGGCUGCGCAUUCAUCAUCACCAUGGCGUGUCUUGCCGCUCCCGAAACCGUCAGCAACGCCAAGGGAGCCGCGGUGGGUCUGUACCUCUUCAUCGCCAUGUUUGCGUGGACCAUCCUACCGCUUCCUUGGCUGUACAGUCCAGAGAUCAACCCGCUGCGCACACGAACCGCUGCCGUCUCCGUGUCUACAUGCACAAACUGGAUUAGCAACUUCGCAGUGGUGAUGUUCACCCCCUUGUUCAUCUCUUCGACGCGAUGGGGUGCGUACCUCUUCUUUGCGCUCGUCAACUUCCUCUGGAUCCCGAUCAUCUUCUUCUUCUACCCCGAAACCGCCGGACGAAGGCUCGAAGAGAUGGAUCUUAUCUUUGCAAAGGCGCACAUCGAGGGCAAGCCCGCUUACCGCAUCGCGAAGCAGAUGCCCAAACUCGAACCUGCGGAGAUCGAGCAGGAGGCUGCAAAGAUCGGCCUCUUCGAGGUCAUGGAGGACCCAGAGGCGUCCGCUUCGACUUCGCCUGGAAGAAUCAGCGACUCGUCCGCUGAUGCAGAAACCGUCGAUGUAGGCGCGAACAAGGAAAAGCCGCAGCUCGCCUUCCCACCAUCACAUCUUGCUCUUCCGACAUUGGCUAUCCGCAACAAAGACGAUGUGCUUCGUUACGUGCGUUGCCGUGGACCCUUCGACGGGUACCAAACACAUCCCGGCCUCGGCGCGCAUCGACCCGAGCCAGCUACCCUUCCACCCAGCCCAGAAGAAGGCAAGCCAGCCAAGUGGCGCUGGGAUCUAGGCGCGUGCAAUAACUAUGACAUUCUUCCCGCCAUCUUCUCGAGCGGCUCGGUCAAGCUCCUGGUGCCCAAACUCAACGACCAUGGCCAGCUCAAGAAUGUGCUUCUCAAGAAGUUUGGCGUGGCGACGAUCGACGAGAUCGGGCUGACGGGCAUCAUUCUCUCGCACGCGCAUUUCGAUCAUUACGGCAAUCUGCUCGACUUUCUCGCCUCGAUCCCCGUGUUUGUCGGUGCAGGCGCGCUCGACUGGAUCGGAGGCGGUGACGAGGCAGCCAAUAGGGGCGCCAAAAGGGACGAAAAGGGCAACGAGUCGUUCCCGUCGAGCUUCCUCAAGGAUCGCACGAUUACCGAGACGAACCAGGUCAAGGCAAAAGCUGCACAUGGCGACCGUGUCAAGGAGACCAAGGUGAUGCUGGCCAAGACUUCGCACGAACCAACGCCGAGCUUGGUGUUGCUUUCGGGCGUUGCGGCGCACCAGCAGGCGCUGUACCAUCCUCUUUCUGCACCUCUGGAGCUUGGUGCCGAAUCGCUCUGCUCCGCUCGCCCGCACCACGAUGCUGUCUACCGCAGCGAGGAUGAUUCGCGCGCCACGCCCGGAUUCUUUGACCACGCCAGCGCCGAUGCCAUCGUUGACCGGCCCAUCCCAGACGAGAGCGCUGCGUGCAUGCAGGAGUUCCGCGACAAGGCCAUGCGAGCCCUCGCCGCACUCUCGCGCCUCGAGGCAUGCCACGACGUCAUGGUCGUUCUCGCACACGAGCUCGAAUUUACGCACGCGCUCGAACUCAAAGAAGGCGACGACGUUGUGGUCAAUGAUUGGCGCCACAGAGGGUGGAAGGAAAAGAAGAUCAAAGACUUCAAGAUGCUCAGCACCAAGGUGUUGAGUGCGCUCCCACUGCUGCUGGCCACCGCGUGGUGUGUCGGCGCAGCACCGAGCGCGUUGCGAGGUAAAAGCGGGGUCAGCGUCAGCGACAUCAAGCUUGGCUACGAGCAUACGGUGGCGCGCUAUGCCAAUUGGAAGUCCAGCUCUGCCAAGCCGGUCGGCAGAGGCAGGGUGCUUUUUGAGGACUUCAAGUUAGCCAGCCCGAGCGAUGCUGCCGCGAACAAUGCUUCCGCGAUUGCGGUGGUGCGCAAGCGCGGCACGAUGCUGCCUCUCCACGCGGUUGGAGGGUAUCCCAAGAUGCUGGGCGUGACUUACAAUGCCGAGGUAGGGAUGGGCACGCCGACGCAGCUGUUCAACCUCACUGCGGACACAGGAUCGAUGCUCACCUGGGCCGUGCUGGCUUCGUGCACGGAUGCCGACUGUCCGGGCGCAUCGACCAAGCGCAAGUACGACCCGGCAGCGUCCACCACCAGUCGAGCAGGACGCAAGGACCACGAGGCAUACGGAGAUGGCGAGAUGGAUCUGACGCUGUAUAGCGAUGUGGUGCAUCUGGGCAGGAUCAAGAUCGAUGCCACGGUGGGUGGAGCCAACAAGACUUUCGAACGCGACGGCAAGCUGGAGCACGACGGACUGCUGGGUCUGGGUCGCAAGGCAGAUGCCGAUCCAGCGCCCGUGUUGGACAGCCUGGCCAAGGAGAGGCGACGAUUCCAGGAGACGAUUGCACUCGAUCUGGGUGGGACGCCCACGCUGGAAGUGGGCGGCUACAACUACGUCAAAUACCCCAAGCUGAAGCGGUACACGGUCCAGGGCGAUGAGGGCUGGCAGCUCGAAGGCAGCAGCAUCACGGCCAAGGGUGCGGACAAGGCGGAUGCGAUCAACCUGCUGCUCGACACGGGCUCGUCGGUUUCCAUGCUGCCUGCGUCGAGGAUGGAUGCGAUCAUGAAUCGGGCGGGCUUGAAGGUGCAGAGGUCUAAGGACGAGCCGAUUGUCUACUCGAUGGCGUGCGAUACGAAGCUGGGCGUGCAGCUGGUGCUUCCGGACGGAACGCAGGUGGAUGUGGACGACUCGGACAUCCUGAUGCGCAGCAACGACGCCAGCAUGCUGGGCUGCCUGAGUCUGCUGGUAGGCACCACCAAUCCGUUUGUGCCCGCCGUGGCAGGUACGCCGCUGCUGCAGAGUCUCUACACGGUGCUCAGCCGCAACCCCUCGGGCGACUGGAUCGGACUCGCUCCCCUGUAG